GAGUGAGAGGAGAAUGAGCGGAUUAUCAGCCCCGACAAUGCAGAAGUUAGCCGCACCUUGCAGCGUAUGCAUCCAUCCAUCGCGUCGGAAGAGUUUCGGCCAUUUUAUUCACUUUCUUGGGAUGACUCUUCUUUCUCCCACCGACAAUUGACUGUUUUCUCCAAUACAAGACCUGUCGCAUAGUAAUCCUAGAUGCGACAGUCCUAGUUCGCAAUGAAUCAAUCCAUAUCGCUCCUGCGACAAUCGCUCAAUACCGCAUCACGUCGCUUUCACACAACUUCGAGCUCACUAAGUUCGCAGCGAUGUCGGAGGCAAUAUAGCAUUCACGUUGAUGCUGCCAACGCCUCAAAGCUCGCGGAGCUGGACUCGAGAAAGCUUUCCAUCACGAAGACUACAACACCAAAGGAACUUCUGCCCGCUGAAGAGCUUGUAUUUGGUCGUAACUUUACAGAUCAUAUGCUUUCUGUCGAAUGGACAGCUUCUGAAGGAUGGCUAGCACCGCGCAUUACGCCUUACCAGAACCUCUCACUGGAUCCUGCGACAUGCGUUUUCCACUAUGCAUUCGAAUGUUUCGAAGGGAUGAAGGCUUACAAAGACACAACUGGCAACAUACGCCUGUUUCGGCCUGACAAGAAUAUGGAAAGAUUCAACAAGUCAUCAGCAAGAAUAGCAUUGCCUACGUUCAACUCAGAGAGCCUGAUUGACUUGAUCGGUCAAUUCUGCAAACUGGAAGAGCGUUUCAUCCCAUCUCCUCGUGGUUACUCACUAUACCUUCGCCCCACAAUGAUCGGUACACAACGUACACUUGGUGUAGGUCCUCCGGGAUCUGCCCUUCUUUACGUUAUUGCAUCUCCUGUAGGUCCCUACUACCCGACUGGCUUCAAGGCCGUAUCGCUUGAAGCUACGGACUAUGCAGUCCGAGCCUGGCCCGGUGGUGUUGGUGAUAAGAAGCUUGGUGCCAACUAUGCACCAUGCAUUGUCCCCCAAAUGGAAGCUGCGAGCAGAGGAUUCCACCAGAACCUUUGGCUGUUCGGAGAAGAAGAGUAUAUUACAGAGGUCGGCACUAUGAACCUGUUCGUGGCUCUCAAGGACAAGAAGACGGGUCAAAAUGAACUGAUAACGGCACCCCUGGAUGGCACCAUUCUCGAAGGUGUCACACGCGAUUCGGUACUGGGCAUUGCUCGGGAACGGCUGGAACCCGAGGGAUGGAAGGUCACAGAACGGAAGUGUACUAUGAAAGAGCUGGCAGAAGCAGCAGACGAGGGGAGAAUGCUGGAAGUGUUCGGCGCUGGGACAGCAGCGGUAGUAAGCCCGGUCAGAAAAAUAAGUUGGAAAGGGAGUACUGUUGAGUGUGGUCUUAGUGAGGGUACAGAGGCAGGACCAAUUGCACAAAGGAUGAAAGAUUGGAUUGAGGGUAUACAGUACGGCGAAGAGCCGGAAAACCCCUGGAGCGUGAAACUAAACUGAUUCGAGAUAAUUCGGAUCUCUAGUAGAACCACGGCAACGGAUUACAUAGCAG